UGCAUCAGCCUGUGGAUGUAUGCCUACCACCGGGCUCCUCCACCGGCAAAGUGGAAAAAGAAGCGUUUCACAACAGAUUCUUCUUUUUGGGUUGGGGGAACGCAGUGGAUUAUAGCUCUGUUUUUCUUCUUUCCAAAACUGUGCACUCCUGGAUGAACGGAGAUCUACAACUAGUCGGGGGUUCAAUGCUCUAGAAAGUGCUGAGACUUGUGGCUUGAAGCAAAGAAGCUGCAAUAAUUGAAGCGAAGCAGAGGCCAGCUGUUCCUGGGGAUCCUGCCCCUCGGAGGAUGUUCUGCACCCGUUGAUGCUCCAGUUCCAACACCAUCUUCUGAGAUGAUCCUGAUUCCCAGAAUGCCCUUGGUGCUGCUCCUGCUGCUGCCUAUCUUGAGUUCUGCAAAAGCUCAGGUUAACCCAGCCAUAUGCCGCUAUCCUCUGGGCAUGUCAGGAGGUCACAUUCCAGAUGAGGACAUCACAGCUUCUAGUCAGUGGUCAGAGUCCACAGCUGCCAAAUAUGGAAGGCUGGACUCAGAAGAAGGGGACGGAGCCUGGUGUCCUGAGAUUCCAGUGGAACCUGAUGACCUGAAGGAGUUUCUGCAGAUUGACUUGCACACCCUGCACUUUAUCACUCUGGUGGGGACCCAGGGGCGCCAUGCAGGGGGCCAUGGCAUUGAGUUUGCCCCCAUGUACAAGAUAAAUUACAGUCGGGAUGGCACUCGCUGGAUCUCUUGGCGGAACCGGCAUGGGAAACAGGUGCUGGAUGGAAAUAGUAACCCCUAUGACAUUUUCCUAAAGGACUUGGAGCCACCCAUCGUGGCCAGAUUUGUCCGCUUUAUCCCAGUCACUGAUCACUCCAUGAAUGUGUGCAUGAGGGUGGAGCUUUAUGGCUGUGUCUGGCUAGAUGGCUUGGUGUCUUAUAAUGCUCCAGCUGGACAGCAGUUUGUACUACCAGGAGGCUCCAUCAUUUAUCUGAACGAUUCCGUCUAUGAUGGGGCCGUUGGGUACAGCAUGACUGAAGGGCUGGGCCAAUUGACUGAUGGGGUGUCUGGCCUGGAUGAUUUCACCCAGACCCAUGAGUACCAUGUGUGGCCAGGCUAUGACUACGUGGGCUGGAGAAAUGAGAGUGCCACCAAUGGUUACAUCGAGAUCAUGUUUGAGUUUGACCGCAUCAGGAAUUUUACUACUAUGAAGGUCCACUGCAACAACAUGUUUGCUAAAGGUGUGAAGAUUUUUAAGGAGGUACAGUGCUACUUUCGCUCUGAAGCCAAUGAAUGGGAACCUAAUGCUGUCUCCUUCCCCCUUGUCCUGGAUGAUGUUAACCCCAGUGCUCGGUUCGUCACGGUGCCCCUCCACCACCGCAUGGCCAGUGCCAUCAAGUGCCAAUACCAUUUUGCUGACACCUGGAUGAUGUUCAGUGAGAUCACCUUCCAAUCAGAUGCUGCUAUGUACAACAACUCUGGAGCCCUGCCCACAUCGCCUGUGGCACCCACAACCUAUGAUCCAAUGCUUAAAGUUGAUGACAGCAACACUCGAAUCCUGAUUGGCUGCUUAGUGGCCAUCAUCUUCAUCCUCCUGGCUAUCAUUGUCAUCAUCCUCUGGAGGCAGUUCUGGCAGAAAAUGCUGGAGAAGGCUUCCCGGAGGAUGCUGGAUGAUGAAAUGACAGUCAGCCUUUCCCUGCCAAGCGAGUCCAGCAUGUUCAACAAUAACCGCUCCUCAUCGCCAAGCGAGCAGGAGUCCAACUCCACUUAUGAUCGCAUCUUUCCCCUUCGCCCUGACUACCAGGAGCCGUCCAGGCUGAUACGGAAACUCCCAGAAUUUGCUCCAGGAGAGGAAGAAUCAGGCUGCAGUGGCAUUGUGAAACCAGUCCAGCCCAGUGGGCCUGAGGGUGUGCCCCACUAUGCAGAGGCUGACAUUGUGAACCUCCAGGGGGUGACUGGAGGCAACACCUACUCCGUGCCUGCCAUUACCAUGGACCUGCUCUCGGGGAAAGACGUGGCUGUGGAAGAGUUCCCCAGGAAACUCUUAACUUUCAAGGAGAAGCUGGGAGAAGGCCAGUUUGGGGAGGUUCAUCUCUGUGAAGUGGAGGGAAUGGAAAAAUUCAAAGACAAAGAUUUUGCCCUAGAUGUCAGUGCCAACCAGCCUGUCCUGGUGGCCGUGAAAAUGCUCCGAGCAGAUGCCAACAAGAAUGCCAGGAAUGAUUUUCUUAAGGAGAUAAAGAUCAUGUCUCGGCUCAAAGACCCAAAUAUCAUCCGUCUCUUAGCUGUGUGUAUCACUGACGACCCUCUCUGCAUGAUCACUGAGUACAUGGAGAAUGGAGAUCUCAAUCAGUUUCUUUCCCGCCACGAGCCCCCCACUUCUUCCUUCAGCAACGUACCCACUGUCAGUUAUGCCAACCUGAAGUUUAUGGCUACCCAGAUUGCAUCUGGCAUGAAGUACCUUUCCUCGCUUAAUUUUGUUCAUCGAGAUCUGGCCACACGAAACUGCUUAGUGGGUAAGAACUAUACCAUCAAGAUAGCUGACUUUGGAAUGAGCAGAAACCUGUACAGUGGUGACUACUACCGAAUCCAGGGCCGGGCAGUGCUCCCGAUCCGCUGGAUGUCUUGGGAGAGCAUCUUGCUGGGCAAAUUCACCACAGCAAGUGAUGUGUGGGCCUUCGGGGUGACUCUGUGGGAGACCUUCACCUUUUGCCAGGAACAGCCCUAUUCCCAGCUGUCAGAUGAACAGGUCAUCGAGAAUACUGGAGAGUUCUUCCGAGACCAAGGGAGGCAGACUUACCUCCCCCAGCCUGCCAUUUGCCCUGACUCUGUGUAUAAGCUGAUGCUCAGCUGCUGGAGAAGAGACACCAAGCACCGUCCCUCAUUCCAGGAAGUCCACCUUCUGCUUCUUCAGCAAGGGGACGAGUGAUGCUGUCAAUGCCUGGCAACAGGAGUCCCUUGAGAGGAGCAGGUUGAGCGUGGAGGAGUCAUCUGCCGCUGCUGCUUGGUGUUCACACUCUUGCCUUGGAGAUGGUAUGACCAGCAGAAAAAGAAAGUCUGAGGCUCUGGCUUCAGAAUCCAUGGAUACUGAUAACACUGUCAAAUAAGAGUCCCCUCAGAACAGAUUCUGAGCUUUCACACUCCACAGAUCCUCAGAUUCAGUAGGAAACAGGAAAAGAGAACCCUCAAUUCCCUCUGAGGAGAAACAAGAAAAGAUCAAAAUAUAAGCUUCCCAAACUUAGAAGAAAUAGACUUGACCCCUUGGGUCUGCUUCUGUUGCCUUCACCCAGCCCACCUUCUACACAGUCUCUCAGGAACUUGAGUGUUUCCCCCUAUCCAGCCUUCAGCGUUGCUCCAGGCCACAGGAGAAGCAUAAAUCCCCAAUCCCCAAGAUUCAUUUUGCGGGUCAUCUUCCUUCCCCUAGAAAAUACCCUUUCCCCAUGGUUGUCUUGUGAGUCUGGUCUUCAGUGUCUCCCAGGACUAACUUUGGAGAGAACAUCAGUUUGGGAGCUUUGACCCUAUUUCUGCCUCAAGCCAAGUGUAUCAUCUUGGACAAGUCACUUUGCCUCUCUGGACUUUUGUUUCUUUAUUGGAACAAAUUAGAUGAGAUGGUCUUGAAGUCUCUUCCAGUUCUGAUAUGUUCAGUGCUCAUCGGAUAACUGGAUCUACAAUUGAUGCAGACUCAGUUAUCUGAUCAUCUCCUGCUCUGAAGAUUAUGGUCAGCAAAAGAGAUCAUGUAGGGAAGCCACUAUAAUAGUAGUAAUAGUAACACCUGUCAUUUGUUCAGUGCUUUAAAGUUUACCUUGUAGUGUACGACGUACAUUAUCUCAUUUGAUAUAUGCAGGGCCAGACAUGUUCUUUUAUACUUGGGACCUGCCAUACUCUCCAUAUUCUCAAGAUCAGUGUUAACUUCAUGUAUUAUUCAGAGUUCUCCAGAGAAACAGAACUAACAGACUAUAUAUGUAUAUGGAAUUGGGGGAUUGGCUUACACAAUUAUGGAGGCUGAGAAGUCCCACAAUCUGACAUCUGCAAUCUGGAGAUCCAGGAAAGCUGCUGGUGGUGUAGUCCUGAGAACCAGAAGGCCAAUGGUAUAAGUCCCAGUUGAGGGCAGGAGAAGACUAAUGUGUCAGCUCAAGCAGUCAGGCAGAGAGGGCAAACUCCCCCUUACUUUUUUCUUCUAUUCAGGCCUUCAUUGGAUUGGAUGUUGCCCACCCACAUUGGAGAGGGCAAUCUGCCUUACUCAGUUCACCGAUUCAAAUGCUAAUCUCAUCCAGAAACACCCUCACAGAAACACCCAGAAAUAAUGUUUAAUCUGAGUGCCACAUGUCCCAGUCAAGUUGACACGUUAAUCAUUCCAUUUCAGUAGAAUCAUAGGGACUUGAAAUCAGGGCCUGUAGCUUAUUCUCCUUUAUCCACGUACUUCUGGCAGGAGUACAUCCAGACCAGGCCAUGACUUCCUAUGUGGAAAGAGGAAAGACAUAAUUUCCCCUUCCUUCACCUAAUAUCUCUCCAGUUACUUCUUUUUACAAUUCUGCGUCAAUACACUGCAUUUCAUGAUCCCAUAAAAAAUCAUAUUUAAAAUGAACUUAGUAUGUCUGGAGUUUUCUGGCCUUGAGUCAUAGAGGUCAUCUAUUUCAAGCAGCUGGCAAAUAUGUACUGUCAGGUACAGUUAUCUUUUUCUGAGAUGAGGAAGGCACCAUCUUCUGGCACUAAGGCUUUGGUACUGCAGACACAGUUUUAACUUCUCCCUUAGUCAGACCCAUCGAGUUUAGCAGCACAAAUCUGAGAGACCCAACAGGGCGCAAUGGCGAAGGCUUAGUAUGUAGACUUUAAAGGUAGCUGGAAUCCAAAUUAGAAGAAUAAAGCUAGGAAUUAUGUAGAAAAGGAGAUAGAAAAAGGGAUGAGAAACUGUGGGGCCUUGUUACCUUUCUAGGAAGUUACCCUCUUCAUGAUAUAUGUGAAAUAUUUUAUGUCCAGACUGUGGUUUUGGGGUAGUCAGAUUUAAAUGUAUACUUUUGCUGGUGAAUGUGCUGAUAGCUAAGUCCAAAUCUUGAUGUGCUGUCCAGACACAUACGUGCUAAGAAAAGAUCUGGAGUAGAAAGAGGCCCCCGAGGGGGAAAUGUGGUUUUAAUGUUAUGGAAAGAUCACUUGCAAAUGUAUAAGACUGUAUUACAAAGGGCAUUGUAUAGAAGUGGAGCAAAGGAUGAAUAAAUGAACAUGCAUGUGACUGGACGGGGCACGUGGGAGUUAGAAAGAAGGCUACAUAAUAAAGGAUAAUGGAGAGUGCAUGAGAAGGACGGGGGAGGUCAGGGCAAGCAAGAUAGACACAGGGGGUGCUGUUGAGAAUCCAUUCUGAAGCAUGAAAGCAGACCUCUCUGAAGAGAGAGCCGAGAGAGGACAGAAAGAGUAAGUGUGUUGAAGAUAAAAGAUAGAUGUAUAUGGAGAGAGAAGAAAUUCUGGAUGAUAGAGAUUAUAAAAAUAUUUAUUUAAAAAAAUGAAAAGUCAGGUGCGGAGUAUGACAUGGAAGGGAGCUUUUCAGAGAUUUAAGAAAAGGGAAGCCCAGCAUGAACAUAAAAACACACAAGCAACCACCAGGGAAUGACCUUUCCAUCUCACAGGAAGUGGGAGAGGGAGGCAGUUUGCACACGUGUGUUCUAGACCACCUCAAGUACUGGGGUUUAAUGGUGGUGAGAAGAAAUCAACUCUCUGUCUGAACAGGACAUGGCUUUCCCAGUGCUGCUUUGGAAAUGAAGACCAAGAGAUGGGGAAUUUAUGUUAGCUCGUGAGGCUUUGUGUUCCCUUCUUUGCUUCUGUUAAUGAAAUCCAUUUUAAAUAAUGCUCAUCACUGUUGUACCUAGAAAGGCCACAGGGAAACAUUGGAACAACAGGCUUAAGUUAAACUAGACUAAAUCUUGUUUGAUAUCUGCACAAAGAGGUACGUGCCAUGUUGGAACCAUGUGUUUUUCUAGUCUCAUCCAGACUUCCUACAAGAAAGCCAUGAUGUGGGGCUAAGCCAUAUGUUUUUAGUAAAGGAGAACUGAAGAGGGGGAAAGAGGUGAAGAUGUUCCAAGGAAAUAGUCUAAAACAGAAGAGCAUCUCUUUUGCCCAAAUACACCAAAAAAAUGAAGAAAAUUACAGUUAAGGCUUAAAUUACUCCCAGUAUAGAGGUAGUAAGGCUUUGAUCCUAAAUUGACCUGGAAUUUGCCAUCUUAGUCUUUUCAGUAAGACCUCUGACCUCUGGCAGGGCAUAUGGUAGGUUUCUGGAAGACACAGAUCCAGAUCUAUGCUGGAAUUUCCUUCUGAAUUAAAAUUUAACAUUUUUAUAGAAACAGAUGAAUGUCUUUUCCACUUGGUAAAUGUCUUGGAAUGCUAAAUUGAGAUGGAAAGAGACUGGAAUGGUUAAUGUUUAUUGGAUUUCUGGCAUUUUGAGUUCUCUGCUACAAUUAGCUACAUUGCUUGGCUCAGACCAUGGUGGGUAAUUUGUUUAGUUGCUGUAUCCUUUUUUUUUUUUUUUAACUUGUUAUUUUGAAAUGCUUUAAGACUCACAAGAAAAUAGUACAGAGUGGCCUUUCCCUAACACCAGGCUUUCCCAUUGAUAACAUCUUACAUAACCACAGUCCAGUUUCAAAACCAGAAAAUUGACAUUGGUAUAAUACUAUUAACUAAACCAUAGACCUUACUCAGAUUUCACCAGUUCUUCACAUGUACACAUUUCAUUUCUGGAUAGUUUUAACCCUUGCUGAUUUGUAGCCUGGUCUUCUUGGUUGCAUCAGGAAAGACAUUGUCUGGAUACAAUUCUAUAAAAUCCUAAAGAGAAUAUGACAAAUUAAUCUGUUCCUUUAUCAAUAAGCAAUGUCCUACCUAGACUGUUUCUACAUUUUCUGACUAGUUUGGCUGUUCAGCAUCUGAAACAAUCCAAGAACAGCUUAGAAAAAUCAGGCAACACAAAGGACAGUAAGACCCACAGCUCACUAGCUAGGAUAGAAGGAAAUUAAUUAUAGGUGGUUUCUGCAGUUCCUACGAGUAGGAUUUGUAUGAUGGCAAGGAGAGGACUUUAGAAUAAAUCAGUAUUUUGGUCAAGAGCUAAGGUGGCACUUCAUUAAUGGCACCAGGGUGAGCUUUUGGAAGGAAUAGAGUACAAUGGUAGAGACCCCUAGUGAGUAGCAAAACACUAUUCUCAGAAUAGUAGAGAAGUUUCAUUUGCCUAAAAGUCUAUUCUUAAAUGGAAUAGCAACCACACUGGACCAAAUUAAAUGCAAACACAGCUGCAACCUGGCCCAGAGGUUCGGAGGGGAUAAGGGAGUUGAAACUCUGGUUUUGUGGAUUACAGCUUUGAGUUUGUGAUGGCAUUUUUAAGCUGCCCUGUUUAAGGGUCACAAGAUUAUACCUGAGUUCACCUCUGUAUACCCCAUGUCCUGUAAUGUUCCUAAAACAUAGUGAGCACACCACAAAUAUUUGCCGAAUGUUGUUUUUUGAAUGAAUAAAAGGUAGAAGCAGAAACUUGUCAUCCAGCAUAACUGGGGUGAAUUUAGGGAAAAUUGCUUUGCUGUAAUGUAGAGGGUUUAUUUUCAAAUGAGGAAAGAGGAAAAAGUGCCCAGACUUGUACCUGUAAGUUACAUCCUCCAUUUCUAGGUUUACUGAUGGUGAAAUUGAUCUAUGGAAAUGUCUUAUUCUUUGAGGUGUUUAGAUAGAAAUGCAAGGUACUUCUCUACAUGGCACCCCAUCAAGAGCAGGGAGCGACCCUGGCCCCAAACCCAGCUCUUUUGGAACAAGAUUUUUAGUUUCUCUUGCAAACACCUUGUCAACAACUUCACGGGCCUCCAAAGGAGAAAGAUGGGAGUCCCAAGCUAGCCCAUGCUUACCCACAUUCACAAUUGCAUGUAAAGGAAUUUGCAAAGAGUCUCAAGGGAAAGCACAAAGGGAUAAGGUAAUCACUUGCAGUGAAAAACUGUUUUCUUGAAAAGAGGCUUGGAAAUAAUUGAAAGUUGAGUGGAUUCCGACAAACGCACCAAGAGUUUGUAAUCUAGCCUAUUCAUUUUAUGUCCUUUACUAUUCAUGAUAUCCUAUUCUUCUACCCCGUUGUCUGCUAACUUUUUCUGAGGAUUGACUUUCUGAAGCAAUGUGGUGCACUCUUCCUAUGAGGAGGAAACAUCUGGGCUUUAUUCUGCAGGCUUUGGAGGAUGAUGUGUCUUGUCAAGGGGUAAACAGCAAACUGAUUUAAUUUUUGCUUAAAACUAUCUUAGUCAUUCCAAAAUAGAAUGCAUAAAAAUUCUCUGUAUUAGAAGAAGAAAUGAGAUAUACCAAUUGUAUAUUGUCUUUUCUUUAUUUAUUCUCUGUAAGUCUGUCAGAUGAUAAAUUGUAAAU